AUCGCGCUGGUACGGCUGCUGAUCGAGUGCAGCUAAUAGGUGGGGAAACGCUACAGAUCUUGCUCUCGAGCUAAUUUAAAGGUGACUAGCGACCACUCGGGCAAACAAACAUUCUAAUUGCGUUGAGCUCUUGUUCUUGCCAACUCCAAGGGUUGCCGAUAAAAUCCCAAGGUUUAGUUUACCGCCAGUUGUGACCCUCGGGAGGGAUGUUAUUGGGGGCACAGAAGCUAUUUCGUAUUGCGAUGGAUCGUCAAAGACGGGAUAACGGAUAUCCACAGCAGGUGUCAGGCUCUUGUGCGGAUACUGGCAUUAUGCAUACCUGAUUACGGUACUCGAGUACUGUAUCUCGGGUUUCAGUGGGUCUUAGCACUAUUCCCCGCGCGUCAACGUAAAUGACGGGAUCACGUUGAGCAGGUUGCUAUAAUACCGGUAGAGGGGUGUUCGAGUCAAUAUCGGAGAAGAUGGUGCUCUCAAUUGGCGGUUGCCGCUGGCGGCUGUGAAGAUGGAUUCGGAAGUGAUUUCCUUCCUUGUGUAACCCAGCGUUGAGAGAGGGUCUGGCCCACGGCGGUUAAAGGAGAUGAGCCUUCAGUCGUUGCGGCAAGCGAGUGAUGCAUUGAGAAACUAACCUAUGGGAAAAGUUCUUGGAUAGGCCAUGAUAAGGCAGAAAAAUUACAUGGUUUCGAAUUCUAACCCCGUUUUCGGUUUGGGACACCUGUUUUUUUCCGAGGCUGUUUGUGUUCAAAAACCGUGCUCUGUUUGCGAAACCCAUGGGAAAUCGGAGAUCUUGAGAGAUUUCAAAACUAUGAUCAAUUGCAUAACUCGGAAUAUCAUGGUUCCAAACCCACGAAUUCGUGAAGUCCUCCACACUUUCUUUAAAUAAUCCUCCAGUUGGGUUCGGCAGGGUUUACCCUACGCUAUACUUGUAGACUGGUAAGGUGUUUUAUGAUAGGACUCGUAAUGGAUAUCUGGUUGCCGUUAACAGCAUGGCAACCUGACGGGCUAUCUGCGGAUACUCUCUUGGCGUGGCUUCUGGUAUUGGUGCCCCAGGUACGUUCUUUCUGCAUUGCUGUUGCUAUUCCGGUCGAUCAGGUCUUGCUGUUUUGCAGUGCAGCUGCAGCUUCCAAUCACUCACUAUUCCUCACUCGCAGGAAAGCAAGAUUCUCAAAAUUAGUUUUAGGGAAUUGA